AUGAAGCAGCAAGAGAUUGGAGAGCUUCCUACAGGCUGUUCGCAAAUAAUUGGCACGAAUGUUGGCUGCCUGCGAAAAUUAAUUUGGCUAGUUUUCUUCGCUGGAGGGAUCAUUUACUCGACCAAGAGCAUUUACAAAAACUGCCUUGUCUACUUUGAAUACCGCUCCUCGAUCAAGCCCAGAUUCGAUAAAGUUAUCAGCUGA